AUGUCAUUACGAUUCAUUCCUAUUUCUUUACAUGUUGGUAUUACAGGGAAGCUAAAGUAUGUUACUGUAUUGUGUCUUGUGAUGGUCUUUGGUUUACAAGAUUCUGUCAACGCCAAUGGUUGCAGUAAGUAUAAACAAACUCUAUUUAUUUUGGAUAGCUCUCUCAGUUCUACAUUGUAAGGAAUGACUAGAAGGGUUGGCUAGAAGGAGGAUACAAGCGCCUGGAUGUCGAUUCUUUCACGUUUUAAUGAUUUUGAAAAAUAGCGGCCAUCUUGACAACUUUUUUUAUCAAUACUAUAGAUGGCUUUAUCUGUUCUCAACUGUUCUUCCUAGAGGUCCAGCAAUUAGGAUGAUCUCUUAUUGAUCCAGUGUUAAUACAGUAGGAAACCUAAACUAACUUUAUUUAUACUGAAUAGCUCUAUCAGUUCUAAAUUGUUCUUCCUAGAGGUUCAGUAACGAUCAUCUCUUAUUGUCCAGUACGUGUUACUACAAAAGGAAACCUAAACUAAACUAACUUUAUUUAUACUACUGAUAGCUCUGUCAGUUCUAAACUGUUCUUCCUAGAGGUCCAGUAAGGAUCAUUUCUUGUUGAUCCAGUACGUGUUACUGCAGGAGGAAACCUAAACUAAACUUACUUUAUUUAUACUGGAUAUAGCUCUAUCAGUUUUAAGGGCUAUCUUUGGUAUAUAUUCACGCCCAACUUUAUUUUUUUAGCAACAGCAGAGGAAGUCGUUUCAAUUUAUGGUGCCAACUUUAACACUCCGAAGUCAAGAGAACCGUAUUUUGUUAGGAUCCAACGUUGUGUUAUGGGGAAUAAUAAUCUCCCGUGUUGGUUUUGGUCUGUUCCUCGCGAAAAUUCACGCAAAGAAGUAGAAAUAGUUGUUCCAGACAUCAACGACAAAACAAAGUUUUAUAAAUAUGUUGUGUAUAAUGAUACAGCUUGUGAAUGUCAAUGCAGUGGAGCACAAAACAGUGUCACACAGCACAAACGUCUUGCAUCACACGAAGGUAUGUUGUUAAUAAUAAUAUAAAUAAUAAUACAAUCUUUACCCAGGAUGCUCCAUUAGGCAAAAGCGUGCUUUUCAUGGAGGUUCUCGUAAAAUACUCCUCGUGAAAUUUAUCAAUAAAAUACGAACGUUCUCAUCAAGUCGUUUCACAAGCCCUUUACCUUAAAGACAUUUACUUUGUUUACAUUUACUUUGUUUACUUUGUUAACUCAGUUGUAAAAUAUGAUUAGAUAGAUAUUAUACUGAAUUUUUAACACUCUUCUGGUUCGCUAUGCUUGUAAAUGAAUACAGACUAGAGAUUCAAUUCAAGAAAGUUCAAAAGAUACGAAAUAUUAAUAACAUGCCAACGGUCGGGUCCCGACCAUUGGAAUGUAAGCCUGCGCAGAACGUAUGCGCAGAACGGACUUUACAUGGUCUUUAAUUAUAUUCUUCCGUUCUAGUUAACGAAACUGAAUUCACCUCAAAGCUAGCCAUGAAUCCAGAGAACUUGAGAGCAUGCAACAGAUCGGCAUACUGCAGCAAGCCUCAACCACGCUAUGUCAUCAACACAUGGGGUGUUGAGUCCGAACCACAAUGGAGAUAUAUAAAGUACCAUCAAUGCUUGCCCGGCUGUAAGAGUACGACAACGAUUUCGGAAUAUAAAUUUGAGAACUUACGUGGGGAGCCUGCAAGAACUCAAACUGUAUCAGAAGACUUGGCUUGCUCGCCUUAUGUACAAGAAAAACCUGGAGAACGCGCGACAUUGAUCAACGGAAGGAGUCCAAACGAUGGUUCAUUGGAAGCAUCAGACGAAACAAGUAUGAAUAAUUCCUUUAUAAACAUGUUUACACUAUGGUUUAGACUAUCAAAGUUUCUGUGAUCACAGUAGCAGGAUUUUGCAUCAGAAUACAAGCUCCUCAAUGGUCAUCAUUUUCUUUGUGUUCUCUCAUGAACUAUUAAAGGAAUACCGAAUGGUUUUCCGUGCAGGAUUGCGUGAUCCAUGCACGAGGGAUUAGUGCUGUGCGCCGGAGUUGCCGGAGCCGGAGUUCUGCCGGAGCUCCGGCGGUUUUUCCGACGCCGAGCCGGAGCAGAAUUUUGUAUGCCGGAGCCCGGAGCCGGAGUUACGUUUUCCCAGCUCCGGCAAAAUGACAAGAAAACAAUAUGAAAUGAGACAAAUGUCAAACGAUUGUUAGUUACUGCAAACUGCCAAUUGCUGUUAAUGAAUUCAUCAUAGACUCAAACUGCCACAGCCCACAGGAACAGCGUCGAAAAGCUGUAAUACGAUCGCAACUUACAAACGUCAUGCUUUCAUGAAGCCAUCUGACUUAGCGCUACAUACUGUAGUCUGUGUAUUUCAUGCCUUGUAGAUAACGAAAAAGUACAAAACAAAUAAAUAUCAAGCUUUUGAAAAUGACAGAGUACUUUGUUUGCGUGCGAACAAUUGCGCUGUGGAGACUGAGAGUGUUAGCGUCAUGCCUCGCGUCAUGCCUCGUGUCAAAGAUUUUUCGAGGCUGGUUUCCAUAUAGAUAUUUUCUGCGUGGUUAAGUGUUUUCACUGUUUUGUUUCCUGAGUUAUGUUAUCUGAUAAUUAGGAAGCGCGAAAAGGGUUAUUCAUAAUAAUAUUAAUAAAUGUUCUCUGAUCGUAAAACAUUUAUUUAAUAUUUUAUGAUGUGGCCGGAGCCGGAGCUCAGAGCUGUAAUUCGGCCGGAGCCGGAGCCGGAGAUGAAAAACCGGAGUUUGCACAGCACUACGAGGGAUGUCACGAGAAUUUCGGAAAACGUAAAGUCCGAAAGUCGAGCAACAUCCCAAGUGCAUGGAUCACGCUAUCCUGCUUGGAAAACCAUUUGGUAAUUGUUUUAUAAAAUAACUACAGUGAAACAAUGACAUUUUGAGAAUCCCGCAAAAAUCCCGCGAAGGCAUUUUAAUUCCUUGUGCAGGAUAGCCUGAUCCUGCACGGCUAUUGACCAAUCAAAUUGCGUGUUUGACUGUAUAGUUAUUAUAUAAUAUUAAAUGAAUUACGAAACUUGCUGUGGAUUGAUAGGAAUACAACUACAUGAAAAAUACAAGGAGAACUUCGACGUUUCGAGUAAAGACUAGGAAUGAAAUUGUAUCCCUAUCAAUCCCCAACUUUCCCAUUAUUGCUACUACCUACACUGGAACAGACAGUUCAACAUUAAAUGAAUUACACCGCUAUUACUUCAGAAAUUUAGUUUGUUAUCAAAAACUGAUAUAUUUUACUAAUGAAAGAUCAAUCCCUUUUUAGAGCCGCAAAACGAGAUGAUAAUCUACAUUGGUUCAACAAAAUUACUCCUGGCAGCGUUCGUCCUGUCUACAAUAUUAUUGUCGAUAUUAAUCGUGGAUUGCAACCUAUGGCAUCGCAAGAAGGGAAUACUUUAUAAUAUAUUGUGUUGUCAAAAAUACAGACGAGAAAUGGACUGUCAAGAUUGCGCUGAAAGACGACAGAUGAUGAUUGAUGUAUAA